AUGCAUUUCUGUAAUGGAAGCCUUUCAUACAAAACCUGAGACUGAGUGAGUUCAGACAGACACCUGACACGCAGAGCAACAUCACUUACUUCAUGAAGGUGGGAGGGAGGGCUCUAUAUAAAUUUCAUGGAUAAGGAAAUGCAAGGUUAUUGUGAAUUGAGAGAGGAACUGAAGACUGGUAUAUAUGCUGGUGUAUGAGUUUGCGCUGCAACGAAAGGACGCCAAGGUGUGAUACUCUGGGAAGUGGGACGAUGGCCACAUUUCUUACUUAUGCCUCAUAUGGAAACAAGCCUGCCUUCCAGCAUAUGGAUGUGAGCAGAAAGAGCUGCUGGUCUUUUCUCGGCCCCCCUCCUUGUUUAAUGCACCGACGUCGGCAGCUUGCAGGACCUGUUCCUGAACUAACUGUGAUGCAACUUACCCAUCUCAUCCGAGAACUUAGACAGCUCCGUUACCAGACAGGCAAAGAGAGCCAAGAAACAGAAAGCAGAGUGUGUCAUACAAGAGGAUCAUCACCAUCUUUCCAACCAAAGAACACAGUGACACAUUGUUUAUUCUGCCUGCAUCACUGGAAGAAACAAGGAGGGUGACCAAGAAGACUGGAUUCAUAACAAUAGAAAUACUAAUAGUUUAAAUCCAAUGCUUCAUUUUAUUAAAUUUCCCUUCAUCCUAUAUGCCAGCCCCGUUUAUGCCACACUGAGCUUAGCAACACUUCUUCAACAUAUAACCCCUUGAGCAGGGUGCUAUUUUGGGGCCGAAGCCUUCAAACUGUUAAACAGAAAUAAGCUUUGCAGAACCUUACGCUUUAGAUGAGCUCCAGCACUCGCUUAUUAUCUAACUUGGAAAUCAAACCUCCAAUCAAAAUCAAAUGCUAGUGAUAUUUAAAUGAAACAAUACAUGAUGAAAAUGAUACAGAUUAGAGCAGACUGUAUAGCAAGUACUGGUUCUGGCAUCUGUUUACCCUCUUUUUUCAUAUAAAGAAAACAGAUACCAAAAAGAGCUUUAUAAGUGCAAGAAUUUCACUGUAUUGGGUAAACUGUGGAAAGACAGCAUUAAAGGAACUGGUCCCAUUUAGCCAAAAUAAAAGUCUACUUUGUGUUUUAUGUAUUUUUGUAUACAAAGUUGUUAUAUUGUUGUUUGGAAAUUUGUUUUCUAGUAAUUCCAGGACUCACACUUUAUUGUUGUUUAUGUUCCUAACGAGUUAUUCAUUUAUUUAAAUUAAUUACAAAAUGUUAUAUUAUUCAUUAUGACUUUGUUACCUGAACAAAACACAAAAUAAAAACAUUUUUUGGACCAAA